ACCGCCAGCCAGCCAGCUCGUGUCCACAAUGUCGUUCUCGCGCAGGAAGCAGCUCUCCCUCCUCCUCUUCACCUUCCUGCUCGGAUCUCCGGGCGCCUUAGGGACCAGCCUGGAAGUGAUGGAAGAAGAAGAGAUAAAGCAGCUGCUGGUCGACGAGAAAUACGUUGUCAUUCUCUUUAGUGAGUGGUUGGAAUCGAGUGACAGAUGUUGGGGUCGAGGGAUGCCGGUAGCCCCUGCUUGUGUGCUUGGGCGGAGGAACUGUGCUUGGAUGGGGCAAGAAAGGUGGAUAUGGGCGGAGGAACUGUGCUUGGAUUGGGCAAAAAAGGUGGAUUUGGGCAGAGGAACUGUGCUUGGAAUGGGCAAAAAAGGUGGUUUUGGGCGGAGGAACUGUGCUUGGAUUGGGCAAAAAAGCCACGUCUGGGAAUCCACAACCAUUGCUGUAAGAACCAUUAACCCAUGGGGCCACCCGAUCACAUAUAAAACGUACAACCGACACAUGGGAGCACCUGAUAUCGAGUCUAUUACGCUCUAUUCUACUGCAUAUAUGUGGGCAAAGAUUGUGGGUACUGGUCUAUAUUUGUCCAUUGUUAUGCAAACUCAUGCCACAUCAUCUGGAUCAAAUUGGAGAACAGACUGGCGUGUCGCACAUAAUGCUUUAUUUUCCUUUGGACGUUUCUCAAGAUUGUUAUUGGAAGAUGGCUUUUUGCAAAGUGAUGUAGAGAAUCCAUCGUUACAGAAAAUAGAGCCUGGCAUCAUUUUCGUAAGAUCUGGAAUUCCUAUGCUCUACAAUGGCCCAGCUGAUGAUGAUGAGUUCCUGUUACACAUGUUUGUAUCGAACUUGGAUUCGGUUGUGAAAUCCCUCGGCGAUUCUACCUUUGAGCAUGAGACUCAGGCAUCAACGGGAGCUACGACAGGGGACUGGCUGGUAAUGUUCACACGUGCAGGGUGUGAGAGAUGCACAUACCUCAGGGCAACAGUUGAGGCUGUCGCUGCAAGUAUGCGCAACAGGAAGAAUGUGGCUAUUGUUGAUCGCGACACUGAUGGGGGUCAGACCACGCGGAGAUUUGGUGUGAAGGACUUCCCUUCACUUAUCUUGUUCCGUCUAGGCCGCCUCUACCGAUAUGACUUGCCAAUCUUGGAUGCAAAAACCCUGGAGGCAUUCAUGACAGAUGGCUUCAGAAAUGCUCGGGGAGAGGAAAUUCCCCACCCCAAGACACCGUUUGAUGACUUCACUGAACAGUGUGCAGACUGGCUGAGGGAGAACCCUAGCAUUGUGAAUGCAGUGCUGUUUGCAGGUGCAGGGCUGAUACUGCUUGUUCUUGUGGCUGCAGCUACCUUUAUGAAGUCCUCAGCCUCCAAAAAAGAGAGCAAGAAGAAAAAAUAACUGAGAUGGCCAAGAAAGCUAAGACACACUUUUUAUUAUUGUAUUUUUUUUUGUCCUUUAUCAAUGCACUUCUGUGUGGAAAUAUUAUUUUUUCCUUGAAAUGGUUUCAUAGACAUGUGAAGCUAAACAGGUCAUAUCAUUCUAAUCUGGUACUCAUAGUGUUACAGAACCUAAUGGUUAAGAAUUUUAAGAGCUACUUUUUCAGCAAGUAUUUAUGCCAAUAUCCUUUAAAUCUCUAUGUAGAUUAGGAUUAUUGAAUCUUAUAAUUACAUAAUUAGUGUAGUUACUUCAUUUUACAAGAGAAAAAGUUGAUUUUUUUUUUACAUGAACAUAAAAAGAGGUUGAAGUUGGCCUCUAAACUGUAAUGAAGAGACUAUUAGCUAGAGUAUUACAUUCACAACAAAGAAAGAGUAUUAGAUGUAAAUAACACCUUGGUGCAAAUAAAAGUGUGCUGCAAUGCAUGUAUUUCCAGAUCUAUAGUACCAGAUCAGAGAGGAUCUACCUUAUUUUUUUGUGUGUGUGUAAGAGUACUGUGUUAUUUAUUUCUAUAAAUAUUUUUAUUUUGUUUUCUUCAAGAUGAUACUGAAGAAAUGCACUGUUGUAUCAUUUUUUUUCUAAUUCUUAUCCAGAGACUCCUAUUUACUCUACAUGUGUCAUUCCGUGUUUUUAUAAUUUCAACUUUGUAAAAAGGAUCUUCUGUAAUUAUAUGUAGAUACUAAGUGCAUGUACUUGAUGUAUUGUCAUUGUAAGAUAAAAGGCAAACCAACAUUGUUUUGAGAUGUCAUUUUGCUCUCUUAAAAAGUACUUAGUGUAGGAAAGAUCUGCUUGUUCAGUGGUUUCCUGUUCAAUUUGUAAUUUUGCACAUUCCUUUUUAGGUGAUGGAUAGCUUUUGCAAACUUUUGAAAGAGAUUAAUAAAUUAUUUUCCAUUAAAUAUA